CGUGCGCUAUGGCUGUCGCCUACCUGCUGGGCAACGGCUCCGCGCCGCUCCUCGCCGGCGCUCUGGAGGUCCCCUUCGCCGUCAACGCCUCGGCCGCCGCCACCGGCUGCCGCUCCGCCACGCCGCCCUGCGCGGCCGCGCCGCCGGGAACCUGGGGCAACACCUCGGCGGCGGCGGGAUGGAACCGCUCCGAGCCCUGCGGCGGAGCCAACGGCAGCGCGGGCGGCGGCGGGCCCUGCGCGCCCGCGGGCGGCGGCCCCUCCGUGGUCACAGCCAUCGCCAUCAUGGCCCUUUACUCCGUGGUCUGCGUCGUGGGGCUCUUCGGCAACUUCUUGGUCAUGUAUGUCAUCGUCAGAUACACGAAAAUGAAGACUGCCACCAACAUCUAUAUUUUCAAUCUGGCAUUGGCAGAUGCCCUAGCAACAAGUACUCUGCCGUUCCAGAGUGUGAAUUACUUGAUGGGAACGUGGCCAUUUGGUACCAUCCUUUGUAAGAUUGUUAUAUCCAUAGACUACUACAAUAUGUUCACCAGUAUCUUUACACUCUGCACCAUGAGUGUGGAUCGCUACGUAGCUGUUUGCCACCCAGUUAAGGCCCUUGAUUUCCGUACCCCCAGAAAUGCCAAAAUUGUCAAUGUCUGCAACUGGAUUCUUUCUUCUGCCAUUGGCCUGCCAGUUAUGUUCAUGGCAACUACUAAGUACAGACAUGGCUCUAUCGACUGCACACUUACAUUCUCCCACCCUGCAUGGUACUGGGAGAACCUCCUGAAAAUCUGUGUGUUCAUCUUUGCCUUCAUCAUGCCAGUCCUCAUCAUUACCGUGUGCUAUGGGUUGAUGAUUUUACGCCUGAAGAGUGUUCGCAUGUUGUCUGGCUCCAAAGAGAAGGAUAGGAACCUGCGAAGAAUCACGAGGAUGGUUCUUGUCGUGGUGGCGGUGUUUAUUGUCUGCUGGACUCCCAUCCACAUUUAUGUCAUCAUUAAAGCCCUGGUCAAUAUCCCAGAAACUACUUUCCAGACUGUCUCCUGGCACUUCUGUAUUGCCCUAGGGUAUACUAAUAGCUGCCUUAAUCCAGUCCUUUAUGCAUUUCUAGAUGAGAAUUUCAAAAGGUGUUUCAGAGAGUUCUGCAUCCCCACUUCCUCAGCCAUUGAGCAGCAAAACUCCACCCGAGUCCGACAAAAUACUCGUGAACAUGCUUCCACUGCCAACACUGUGGACAGGACUAACCAUCAGAGGUGUUUUCUGUGUAAGUUAUUUUCAUGCUUAAAUCUCACAAGAUCAUCUAGAACAAUGCAUUUGCAGUUCAAGAGGUCUUCUCUAACAAGGAUUACAUGUUCCACAAAUUCAAAGGGAAGUUAUUUCUUUCAGUGCUCACUUAAAAAAACCCCAAAUCUCCAAGCUUCACCAUCUUCUCUGUUUCUUGCAUUAAAACCAGAUUUUAAAAUCAAAACAAUGAGCUAUCACUUUUUCUUUAAGAGAUGAGUAAAUGAAAGUAUUCCUUUUUGUAACUCAUUGCCAAAUGAUCCCCAAAUGAGCACAGACUCCAUUCACAUAAAUUCCUAUGUGAAUAGAAAUCUAGCUAUAGUCCUGUCAGAGCUAGUACGGACUAGAUGACUUCUCUUUCAAGUAGUUUGUCAAAUGUUAGCUGCUGUGUCAGCAGCAUUUUGAAUUUCUAAGGCAGUCAUUGACAGUCCCUAUGUGAAGUGCUUGGACCAGUUAAUGCGUUACAUCUUUCUUAAAGAAAAAAAUAAAGUUAUGGUUUGCUAGACAUCUAUUUUUUCUUAACCAAACCCAUAUGUUUGCUUUUCUAACUAAUGCAAUACAGUCUGCAUCUCCAUUUUGUAUUAGCUGCUAAAACACAUGAAGAUUUAUAAAAAAACAUUGUACUGAAGUAAAUACCACCUUAAGUGUUUUCUAGUAUGAAAAUAGAAAUAUGCGUGUAGAUAAUUUGUGGUGCAAUGGUAUUUUCUAGCCAUUGUUUGUUACCUGCUUUGUAAAUAAAUCAUCAGUAGUUUACCAGGGGAAAAUGUACUUUGAUUCGUUUCAUUGUAUUCUAAUAUCCAACUCUAUGGAACAGGGGAGUUUUGCCCCUUUAUUUCUGCAGCCAAAAUGUAUUUCUUAUUUUCAUUGUUAAAAUCUAUGUAAUAAUAUGCUUUUAAAGUGAAAUUGUUUGUUUCUGCCAUGGAUUGUGUAAUAAAGAUUGAAGGCUAAAUCCUUGUAAGUUGUAAAUUAAAGUAAUAUUUGAGUUUCAUCUCUGUGUUACAGCUAAGUAGGUAGGCCAAUAUGUCAGCAGAAUGUGAAACUAGGUAUAGCAGAAGUGCCUUAUUUAUUUUCCAUUUUCUGUUGAAAAUUACACU